AUGGCGCCCCGCAAGAAGAAGAAUAUCUCCCAAACCGUGACCGUUUCUGACAGCCUUCCUCAUAAUAUGGGCCCCGUCCCCAAAAUCAUCAAAUCAGAAACACUAGCAAAGCCUUUGGAGGAGGGGCUUGUCGAUAGCCCGCCACCAGAAUCCCCGGUUGCUGAGGAGCUGGUCACGCCUACAAAAGCUACUCCCAGGGUCAAGAAAAAGGCUCACAAGUACAAGCUCAACUAUGAGCAAUCACCUUUUCCAAAUCACCACCUUCCAACACCCGAGACUGCCGAGGAAGUUCAUCGCCUUCUAUCCAAGGAGCAUGGGCAACGCAAAGCACCAACGAAAGUCCCGCCACCUUCGGCUACUAUAAGCGGCUGCGGAGAAGUACCUGAUCUCCUUGAUGCUCUCUUACGAACUGUUUUGAGUGCAAAUACUUCAGGUACCAAUAGCGCUGCAGCCCUUCAAGGUCUUAUUCAGACGUUUGGUGCAGUUGAUGGCAGUCCGAAUUGGCGUGCCGUUUCCCAAGUCAAGCCUGAAGAUAUUACUAAGGCGAUUCACAAAGGAGGACUUUCAGUUGUUAAGGGAAAGACCAUCAAGAAUAUUCUCAACAUAAUUCAUGCACAGAAUGUUGAGCGUCGGGAUGCACUUUUGAGAGAGAAAUCUACCGGAGAACCCGCCGAUGUCCUUGCAACUGGCCAUCUCACUCAAAUCCAGAAAGAUGCAGAAAUAGAUAGGAUCAAAGAGAAUCCAUUGACUAUGGCUUGGAUGUUUGAGAUCAAAAAAGACAGCGACAUCAUCGAUGAGUUGCUCAAACUCCCUGGCAUCGGUGUUAAGACAGCUUCUUGUAGUCUCCUUUUCAACAUGCAGCGUCCAAGUUUCGCUGUUGACACCCAUGUUCACCGUCAUUGCAAGUGGCUUGGAUGGGUGCCGCCAAAUGCCACGGCUGAUCAGACUUUCAACCAUUGUGACUUGUGGCUGCCAUCACAUCUCAAGUACGGGUUGCAUUCGCUGUUCAUCAAACACGGAAAGACAUGCUAUAAAUGUCGCGCGAAUACGAAUCCUGGGUCGGCUGACUGGAAGAAGGCUAAAGACUGUCCGAUAGAGCACCUCGUCGAUAGGGAGUUGACGCGGAAACCGCGAAAGAAACGAAAGAUUGAGGAUAGUGAUGAGUCUGAGGGAGAUCCAGAGGGCACGGGUGUAAAGCAAAAGAAGUCAUCUGGAAGAGGUGAUGUCAAGCCAACCAAGAAGGCAGCAAAGACGACCAAGUCAGAGUCAGUGAAAGUAACUUUGCCGAAGACAGAGGCCGUAAAAGCAACCCGUUCAGGGCCUUUGAGAGCGAGCGCAGUCAAAGCAAGAGCAAAGUCAUCGCAAGUCAAGGACGAUUCAGGGAGUGAGGUUGAGGAAGUGUUCUCCGAGUACGAUAAAUAA